ACCACCACCACCACCAACUUGUAUACCACACCUAAGUUAAUACUUACUAUCAUUCUUAAGACCGCCGCCAGUUCAAGCGAGCAGAAGGUUUGGGACGGUAAAUACUUUAACCUGUUUAGUUAAAACACAAUUACAGAAAUGUCCGCUAAAAUUUUACCAUACUUAUUGUUACUACUGCUGCUGGCUUCCACAUGUCUUUCACUCACCGAAACACUGCCAAAGGUGUGGAUCAGUGAAGUGUAUAUUGGUAAUAAUGCACAGGAGGAUUUUAUAGAAUUCUACGAUGGUGGCAGCGGAAAUUUUUCUUUUACAAAUUUCUCAUUAGACGUAAACAGCAGCAUCGGAUCUAAAAAUUUUUCUUUGGAUGGUCUGCAAACCAACAGCAAGGGGUUUUUAGUUUUAAGUGCUAAUGACAGCAAUGAGAACAGCAAGGAGAUAAAGGAGGCUUUGAGAGAGUUUCAAAAUGUUACCAUCAACAUCACCCUCAUUCGUCAUGUACCGAUUCACACAAUUAUUAGAAGAUCCUUUCAAACUAAUGUUGUCAUCUGUUACGAAGACGUCGCUCCCAUACAAUUGGCCAGUAACGUAUCUACAGAAGGCAGUGUCAACAAUUGUCCCCUGUCUCCAGUGCACAUUGAACAAGUGUCACUUCUCAACGACUCUACGCUUGCUGUAGUCUUGCACAGCAAUGGCUUGCCAAAAUGGAAGUUGAAGUCCCUCGUGGUUAGCGUCACCCUCGAUGGAAACUCAACACAUAAUAUUUCACUUGAUGGAGUCACAACUAAUGAAAAUGAAACUUACAGUUUAAACAUCUCCGUUAACCCAACGCAGGAACAAACUGUUGCAGUUCUCUUGAAUCUCGUCUCUAAUACUUCGGGACCAAUUAUUCUAGAUGGAGUGGCAUUUGGUAAUGGCAACAAACCUUCAGAAAAUCUGACAAAAAUCUGGACAUACCCAUAUCUGUAUCCACCCAAAGAACAAGCUAUACCGUAUUUUGAACUGAACUCUAACAGUACCAGCAUGGUAAAAUUCUGUCGUUGCAAUUUGCUCUCAAAAUUCUUUGCUGCCUCAGAAUUGAAAAAUUGUUCCUCGUUGUGUUACGACUCCCAGGUGCCAGGAAAUACAAGUCUUCCAAAUACAAAGCUUCCUCCAACUUCUACAUCAUCUCCAGGAAGCAGCACUGCUCCAUCAUCAUCAUCAUCAACAUCAUUAGACGCUACCAUGACAACAGAAGCGUUUCCUUCCACAAGCUCCGCAAACAGUUCUUUAGAGGAGGUGAAUACAACUAUGAGCUCUACAUCUAAUUCCUCCGUAAUAACAACAACACCCGAUGGCACUACCUCUACGUCUGUUCCCAAUACAACAGUAGCAUUCAAUAAUACCACAACACCAUCAAUUCAAAACACCACCACCUCGAAUGGAUCCACUGUCACUUAUGUGACCUCAACAUCAUAUGACACAACCGAUUCAGAAGAAACAACGACCUCGUAUGACAACUCAACCGAUUCCAUGGAAACGACAACAUCAGAUUUUACGGAUGUAACAUCACCUGAAAUUAGCCCUACAAAUUCUGCCACAGCCGAAACUCCUCACUACCCCUCCACCCCCUCCUCACCACCAUCGUCUACACAAGCUACAACCAAAACACCGGGUACUGUUCAACGUGAUGUUUUAAAGAUCAAUGAGAUAAGUCUGUCUCACAAUGAAGGGAAGUCUCCCUGGGUAGAACUGAAAAACAAAAAUUCAAGUUCUUCAAGCAAAUACAGUCUUGUUUGGUCAUCUAUUAACCGCAAGUUCAACUCUUCAAUCACCAUUAAUAAUUUGAUAACACAAAACCAAAGCCUUAUAAUUAUUGACAAGGAAAAGAAUGAAUACAAUGAGUUUCUCGAGCGCUUGCACACAAGGUCGGGUAUAUUGGAGCUGCAUCAUGCUGACAGUAACCAAUUAGUUGAUUGUGUUUCCUAUUUGAUCUCAAAUGUUCCUGUGACAAAGAAGGCAAAGGACCUUAUGCAUAGCGAGUGUUCGAUGCACCCACCUGUCUUCAUAACAACAAAAGAAAUAUCAGCUGACUGGACUAUAAAUUUUUGUGGAAAAAAUCACUUUCAAGUAGCUGGGCCCUCUUACAAUACACUGGAAAAUUUAUGUCCCUCAACCAGGAACAUACCACUAAGUAUGGUAAUGCUGAAUGUCAAAAAAACUGAAGACUUUAAGUUACAGUUAACUUAUGAAUUUGUACGUAAGCUUAGUGAGAAAAGCUGUUGUAUGAUCUCAAAAGACUUCAUUGAAGUGUCAAAUGUCACCACAAGCCCCAAGGACAAAAGCCACACAUUGGUGACCAUCAUCCUGUAUGGUCACAAUGCAUCUCACCUGCAAACGCUUUAUAAGGGAUACAAAUCCCUCUUUACACCUGACUCCACAGUGUUUCAGAUUAAUGAGAAAAGUAUCACUGUAUAUCGUGAGUCGACCAUUGUUGGUACCUUAACUAAAAAGGACAAUUCAAAUACUACAGUAACUAUUGCAGUAUUACUCAGUCUACUAGUAGUCUUUGUAUUUAUUGUUGUUAGUGUGUGUCUUUACAUGAAAUACAAAAGGAAGAACCUGACGAGCCUGUUCAGUAAGCUAUAUUUCAGAUCUGACCAAGAUGAUCUUUUGGUGAACAUGGAAGAUGUGAACACACAAGAAAGCCAUUUUAACAACCCUUACUACAACCAGUUAUCUGUCUAACAACCAGAAAAAGAAAUGUUGAUGCCGACCACAACCAGCUACUCAGGAUACAUGCACAGUACAUAUCAACUACUACUACUACUACUACUACUACUACUACUACUAUUACAAAGCUAUGCAUAUGGCAUAAGACAUAUCAGAACUAAA